AUGGCUCAGAAUAAUGUCGUCUACGGAAACUAUAUCGCGGCACAAGGCCAGUAUCUUUCCGUCACCAAUCUCUGGCUUCCUCUGGCGUCCGAUUUCGACUUCAAAGCCCACCUCACCCCUCCUCUCAACAUCUACCCCAAUCACUCCGUCUCCUAUACCUUAAACAAAUGGAACGUUUAUUACCAUGCGGCAUGUUCGAACAGUCUUGUUCUUGGUCAAGACGUGGGUGCGCGUCUUUGGGCAUUUUACGCAUAUACAACCAACGAAUUGGACAAUUUCGUCGAAUCGCCCAAUAUAUGCGCUAUUAUGGGUCCGCUUCCCACCUACCUCCAGGUGUACAUCAAGAAGGCGCGCGUAGAGGAGGCGGGGAAAAGGGCACGCGACUUGGAGCGCGCGUCGAAAGACAAGGAGAAGUCGCUUCCUCCUUUGGCUGGAUGUCUGCAACGGAGUACCGCCGCUUUCUCGGUCACCACACGAGCCUCCCAAGAGAUUCCUCAUCUCUUCCUGUGUUCAAUGGCCAAGAAGAUUCCUAUUCCUCUACAUUGCUUCACUGAUAAGUUUCUGAAGAAGAUAAACGGCGCACCACGGGCCAUCAACACAAAACAAGUCCGUUCGAUUUGUUGCGAGGGUGAGAAGGUCACGGUAGUCGACGACAAGAAACUUGAGGAGAAGGAGGGAGGUGACGCUUUGCACGAGCGUCUCUCGCUUUACAAAUGGUCCCAGGCAAUGCAAAAUCUUGUGAAAGCGCUUGCAUUCCUCUGCAGCCCCAAUUCCACCUCGCUGCCAGAACAGGAUUCGACCACAUAUGCGACGGAGAUGGCCAAACACCUUGCUUUCAUCAAAAACCUGCAGCAAUUUGAGGCCGGAUACUCCACCUAG